UGGAGAAAACAGUCUGCUACUCAGGUCACUUUUCUGGAGAAGGUGGAGCAAGUUUGUAGCCGUCAGCCAUUCAGAGCUGAACGGUGAUCAUCUCCUUCUGGUCAGACAUGGCCGGAGCCCAGAGUGACCCCAGGAAGUGGUCAAUGCCUGGCUGGAGAAUAGAGGAGAAAUAUUCCAACAAGGUUCUUAUUGGGAACUGGGUAGAGGAGAGACUACAGUUCAUCAGAAAAGGCCAGACGGGCAAAACCACCAACCAGCUUGACUAUCGGCCUUACAGUGAGACCACGAGGGAUGUGGUGGUGCGGACAGCCGCGCACAAGAGAGAUGAGGGUCUCCCCAGCAGGGUACUUCUUGCACACCACAACACGCCUAACUCCGAUCACCUGGUCUCCUUGUAUGAUGAGGUUUAUUGCCGACAGGGGAAAAACCCGGCCCUGCCCCCUCUUCGAUCCUGGAAGUACGACAGCCUAGCCUGGCUACCUGAGCGCAGCGACCACCCAUUAAAGGGUCCUGCUACGAAUUUCGGGCUCCUUCAGUCCCGGGUCGCUGUGUGGAAGAGACAGCUGGCUCCCACUGAACAGGAGAGUCUUUACAGGAUGUCCUAUACCCAGCACCCCAGCUCGGCCUUCUCCCUGCGCCACUGUCGGCUGUUCUCCAGCCACCUGCACACCCCCAAUAGCGUGAACAAGGACCUGCAUCUCAGGAACCAGCCCUGCCGUCUGGUGCCUGAAUACCCCAACACAGCCCGCUGUGCACCAUCACCCCAGCUCACAGCAUAGAGGCCCGGCCAGGGCUGGUUCUGCUGUACUUUUUCUGUUGUGCUUUUUUAUUCAGUAAAGUAACGGGUGCUGAAAUGUAUUAGGCCUGGUAAACAUACUAGUGCUGUACUACUACAAGAAAGAGGAGCAAUUUUCAGUAAAAGUUUACCAAGGCAAAUUAGUUUUUCCGAAUGCAUGCACUAUGCAUGUAUAGUACCUCUAUUUUCUAGGCUCAUUUAAAGGGUAAUUUAAAUUCCUUUUUCUUAUCUUUUUUUGUGAUGUUUGCCACCAUACUGAAUAGUUCUUACAGCAAUUACUCAGUCACUGUGUUUUCUCCUGAGUUCAGGGGCUACUCCUUAGUUCUAGUAGCCUGCAACAGAUAUAUGUCACAUAAGCUAGAGCAGCCAAAAUGUCUAGCUGGAAGUAUGAAACACAGGGCUGGAAAUAUGACUCCCAUUGCAUAGCAGCUUGAUCCAUUCCUGAAUUUUAAUAAGACACAUCUGAGCUUGUUACUUAUACAAUGUAGCUAAUCAAGUAUGUAGUAAAAUCUGGAAUGGUUGAAACUGCUAUGCAAAAUGAGGCUUAUUUUCAUUCCUGGAAUAUCUAGAGAACACUUUGCUGUUCAUUAGGUGGGGUCUUUAUACCUGCUGCACAUGAAGUGGCAAAGUGUAAAAAAAGGUUUGAAAAACUAAACCGUCUACAGAAAAGGGAAUUACUGUUCUGCUGUGUGACACAUGUAUAUACAUACACACACACACCCUGUGUAUAUGCUACAUUGGACUUUGUUCUUGCGCAUUACAGCCUCCAGGUGUCAGUAUUACACAGUGUAUGGAAACAGUUUUCUGUGAAUCUGUAGCAUUGAUGCUGUGUGAUGCAGUGACCAUGAAAGCGUAGGAGGAAUUAAAUUAGUUUUUGUACUGAUGGAACCUGAAAGGUGUGUUGUUGGUGUUUUUUUUUUUUUUUGUCUAUUUCAUUUUCUUUUUUAACCUGCAUGGAGUAUCAAACCCACACGUUUGAAAUCCUAAUACAAUAUGCUGCACGUUAGCACAAAUGUACACAGGACAGAUUCCCUUCAUGUGUGUGCCCCCCUGUGGUAAAAAGGUUUGAAAUCCUGUUUCUAGAUAACGAGAAUCAAAUGAAAUAUAGCAAAAUGACUUGGUUACAUCUUACAGGAAAGUCAGAAUUUCCUACCUCGAUAAAUACAGUAUAAAAUAACCAUCCGAACUUAAUGCCUGCAGUAGAAUAACAAGCAGAUUGGAAUUUAUGACACAAGUAAGACACUUCUUUUUCCUGCCCCAUAUUUAUUAUACCAGUAGCAAAUCCUAACACUCUGCCCUGGCAAACAGUAACACCAUUAAAUAGAGUCAGUAUUGCAAUUAGAUAAAGCAGCUAGAUUUCACUGAAGCAUGUAUUAUGCAAACUCUUUUUGAAGAGGUAAUAAAGCACUGUGUGGGGAAGUAAUAGUUUCUCCAUUCAUCACAUUCUUGUUAAACAUUAUAUUUUAUGUACAGAUUUAUUUUCAAGCCUCUCAAGUUAAUUACAUCUUGCUACUGGUAAAGUGGAUGUGGUUACAUAAUUCAUUGUGAACAUCCUUGAUACCUUAGCAAAAGCCUGAAUUAAAUCAAAGUGUAUGGCUGUACUUUAUAAUGGCUAGAGCACCACCCUUGAUUGAAUCUAGGCGUAGUUCAAAGAUAUUGUAAAAGGUACUUGUAUUACUGAUGAGAGUUGAGGAAAUGUUUUUAAACUGUUGGGUAUUACAUUCUCCUUUUCAAAAGCACUAGUGUACAGUUAGUGUACGCUUUCACAGUCCUCUCUGUGUCAUCUCAUAGAUAUGGAAAAAUGCAAAGGAAGACUCUAUUAAAUCUGAUAGAUCAUUCAUAUUAUCUCCCCUACAAAAUGACUUCAACUGGCAGCUGGAUAUUAGUAAUGCAUUUAUUUUACAGUGUUCGGUGUGUGUGCUUCGGCUUCCUCCUUCAGAGCAUGGUAGAAAUAGCUAGGGUGACUGGUGUUGUUUGAAAGCUGCACAUAUAUAAACAUGCAUAAUAUAUAUUUUCAAUUUUCUAAGGUUUUGCACAUAUGGUAAAUAUAAGUUGUUUCUUGUCGAUGGACCACACUGCAUUGCUACUUCAAAAAAAAAUAAACAUUCACUGCUAAUCUAUAACACUUUGGAGGUCCAAAGUUACACAGAAUUCUUUUUUCAACUGAAUGUAUAACCAGACUGCAUAUGAUUCGUACACAU